AUGGCGGAAAUUCGAGUCAAAGAUGCUGGAGGCCAUGAAUAUAACGUGAUAGAGUGGCAAGGGAUGUAUUUCCCCCUUUUCCCUAGAAUAGUACCUCGUCUUGAAGCCUUGAGUACGUUUGAAUGUAGAAAGGAUGAUAUUUUACUAUUGACGUACCCUAAAUCAGGUACGCGAUGGAUAUAUUCAAUAGUAAGCAUGGUCAAAAACAACAGCACUAAUGACCCUAGCAUGGACUCGAUAUACUUUGAAGCGCUUGACCAAGAGGGCUUUGCCAAAAUGGCGUCUCCCAGGAUCUUGGCAAGUCAUCUGCCUAGGCACCUUUUGCCACCAGAUGUGUGGAGAAAGCAGAUCAAGGUCAUCCUAGUUACCAGGAAUCCCAAAGACGUGGCUGUGUCAUUCUAUAACUUUAUGAAAGGCAUUAAGGAUUUUGAAUACACUGGCCCAUGGGAGUCGUACUUUCCAAUUUUCACGCAGGGAAAGGUCCCUUACGGCUCCUGGUUUGACCAUACCAAAGAGAUGUGCAAGGGAGUGGACAGUAAUGCCAAUUGCUUAUUUCUUACUUACGAAGAAAUGCUUAAGGAUUUACCAGCUGCUGUGAAAAAAAUCAAUUCCUUUCUUGGAUUUGAACGAUCAGACGCAUUUUUGGAGGAAGUAGCGCAGAAAUGCACAUUUUCUUCGAUGAAAAGAUCAGAAGAAGCUGGAGGACUGAAUAAAUAUCUGAAGGAUGGUCACAGAUUUUUUAGAAAAGGUCAAGUUGCCGACUGGAAGAACUGGUUCACAGUGGCCCAGAAUGAAGAGUUUGAUGAGCUCUACAAUGCCAAGAUGUCGGAUGCACCCCCUGACCUCAAAUCUAGAGUAGUUUUCGAAUGAUCUUGAAAAAAAGAUAUCAUAAAACAAAGACUUUAAUUCAUUAGGUGCUCUAAAAGAAAACCAGGAUAGUUUCGCUGGCGGGGAAUGAAAUUAUGCAUCAAAAUUUGUAACAUAAAUUUUAAUUUUUAACAUAAACUUAUCAAAAGCUGACCCUACAUUUUGACAAGAUGCCAAAAGGACUACAACAUAAAAUUUGCCUUUUGAUGUUCUGCAUAA